AAGACGAUGAUUCUUUAACCAAGAUGGAAUCUGAGUCUCUGUUUCAGGAAUUUGAUGAGGAUGAGACCAGAAUUACAACCGUGAUUGCCCAGGCAGAGGCUGAGCAGUUUCAAGAAUUCUGUCCAUCCAGUGUAAAGCAUGGUGUGCCUCAACCUCAAACCCUGGCUCCUUUCCAUAGAAGACGCUCUAAAACACUCAGGGGAGCGUCAAGCAAGCAGGCUGAAUGUAAGCAGCCACUUUGGAGGUCGAGUUCAAGAAAGAAAUCACUAAAAAGGGAAGAAACAAGAAGUGCCCCUUUUGAAAAGCCUUCCAGCAGUGUAGUGAGUCCCAGCAUCCGUAGGUUUGAAGUGAGAUGCUGCUCCGAUAUUUACACCAGCGGUGGAGGAUCUCCAGAGCUCAGUUCUCAACCAGAAUCUGCGUACAUUUAUGCUGAAAGCAUCAACGGUUAUGACACUUUUUGUUCUAGUGCAGUGCAAGACUGGAGUACACUUUGUCUUUAUACAGGAACUGAAAAAACCCACAACGUUGUGCAAGGUCCCAGAUUUGAGAUUGCAGUAGGCACCAGUGUAGAAGCCUUGUUCGGAUCGGAUUCUUCUUGUGAGAGCGAGUCCAUCAGAGGUGACUGUGACUCAGAUUCAAGCUGUGUUAAUGCAGACUGGGAGUGGAGCUUUGACUCUGAGGACGACUCAUGCAACUUGGUCUACAGCUUUGCUGAGGCACAGUGGGGCUCUGCCUUAUCAUGUUCAGGCUCUGCUGCCUCCGGUUAUAUCACUGACUAUGAUUUGGGAUCAUUAUCAUCCUCCGUCAUGGAAGGACAGUUCUGCUCUGCUUUUGGCAGCCAUUUAAAGGCAGGACACUGUGUGUCAGCCGCCUGCCAGUUUGAAAGGAAACAUUGUGACCCAGUAGUCAACAAUUUUGACAAAGCAUACCAUAACCAUGUCAGCCGUUUCAAGUCAGGGCACCAAACCUUGCUGGCUGAGAAUUUUGAAACAGGGCAUUGGGAUCUACAAGUCAGCCAUUUUGAGGCAGGACAAUGUGACUUGCCAGACAGGUAUUUUGAGCCAGAAUACUGUGACUCGCCUGGCGGCCAAUUUGAAGCAGGACACUGUGACUCCCCAGUUGACCAUUUUGAGGCAGGACACUGUGACUCCCCAGUUGACCAUUUUGAGGCAGGAUACUGUGAUUCCAUAGUUGGCCAUUUAGAGGCAGUAUACUGUGGUUCGCCAAUCAGCCAUUUUGAGGCAGGACACUGUGACUCCCUGUUUGGCUGUUUUGAGGCAGGACACUGCGACACACCAAAUAGCCAUUUUGACAAGGCUUCCUUUGACCUCUACAAUGCUUCCUCUAAGCAAAGCACUGCAGCCUGUCAUAAGGGUAAGGACCAUCACUCCGUUUUUAAUUUAAAGGACUGUUCUGAUCUCACAUGGAAUAAACUACAGGGCGUCGUGACUCAUCCUGAUCGCCAUUACAUCGCACCGUUUUUCCAUGAGAUGAUGAAAGAGACCGAGCAUGACCGAAAUCAAGAAAAAGUCAAGAUAAACAAAGGCUUCCUCUUCCAUCCACAAAGGUUUUUACAGGCAAAAAACUCAGAGUAUCGGGAAGGCCAGGAAUAUUCCGUGCUUCGUCACAUACAGAACGGCUCGUAUGGAGAUGUCUUCAGUGUGCGGGACAAACAAACUGGGUUUACGUGUGCUGCCAAAAGGAUUCCUCUGAGCAGUUUCAGCUGGGAGGAAGUGGGAACAUGGAGCAGACUGGACUCGCCACGUGUCCUUCAGCUCUACGGGGCUGUACGUGAGGAUCUCAAUGUUGUCCUCUUCAUGGACCUUAAAACAGGCUCAUUGGCGCAGUUCUUAAAAGCACGAGGGCCUUUUCCUGAAGACUUGGCUCUUUAUUAUCACUGUCAGGUGCUGCAGGCUCUGGAACACCUGCACGGCAGAAAGGUCAUUCACCUGGAUGUCAAAGUGGACAACGUUUUACUCUCGAAGGACAAGCGGGAGUGUUUCCUGUGUGAUUUUGGAUUAUCUGAGGUGUUGGACCAGACCGGAUACAGCACCAAGACUUUUAAAGGUAACGGUCUGCGUGGCACAGAGAGUCACAUGUCUCCCGAGGUGGCUCAUGGGGAUCCUCGUUCAGACAAAGCGGACAUCUGGAGUAGCUGUUGCAUGCUGCUGCACAUGCUCAGUGGCCAUCAGCCGUGGACGCGCUACUACACACACCCGCUCUGCCUGAAAAUCGUGAGUGAGCCGGCCCCUCUGUGGGAGAUUCCAGCAGGCUGUCACCCCUUCACCUGUAACGUCAUCAGAGGGGGAUUGGUCAAGGAGCCGGGGGAGAGAGACUCGGCCAGGGAGUUGCUGGAGAAAAGCAGCAGAGCACUGCGAGCAGUAGGCGGCCUCCCUGAUCCUGUCCAAUUAGCUACGCAGAAUCAGCCCCGCCCUCAGAUCUCCCCAUCAACCAGCCUUGUCAACAAACCCUCAGUGGUCCUGCCUCCUGUUUCCAUAACGACAGUCCGUAGUCAGGAAGCGCUCUCUGCCCCUCCUAGGAUUCAGUGGGUCAGCACAUGGAGGGAACGAGCAGCUGAGGAGGACUCGGAUUCAGAAGACACGUAUGUGGACAGUGAUGGAAGGGCCGACAGGACGGAAAGAUGGAUGGAGUACUGGGGAUUGAGAAAGCAAUACAAACUUUCUGAAGACGAGAACAGCAGUGAUGAAGAGAGAGAGCCCUGGUUGGGAGAAGGAAUGAGAGAAAGAGCAGCUGUAGAGAAGCAGAAUGAAGAGGAAGGAGAGAGCAAUGAAGAGAUAGAGAGUGAUUUGGGGAGUUUGAGGGAGCUGGGCAGCGAGGACGAGUGGGAGCCGCUUCACCGGCUGCAGAUCCUCUACGGCACAAGACGUAGACGUGAUGGUGAUAAGUGGUCCGAAACGGAGGAAGAGUGUGUACCCUCGAUGACGAGUUUAAAUCAAACUACCUCAUGUGAGCAAAACUCCAGAUUAACCCUCACCUGCCAUCGCAGCGUCUGCACUUCUGACACCGAUCUAACUGACAAGGGUUCUGAUUUGUCGGAUGACUUGAGCUCCGGCGUCUUCUCCUCUUACAGCAGUCUUACAGAUGAGCGGAGCUUCAAUGUCGAUUGGUCCGUCUCCACCAACCAGCCGCCGUCUAUCAGCUUUAAAGGUAAACCCCCUCAGGUUGCUCAGUUAAUCUACUUUCUGCAUUAA